AUGGAUUUGCUGUUUGAUGAGGACCCAAAAUGGGUGAAAUGGAGACGCAUUGAGCCGAAAGUGAUUGGAUAUGGAUCGAUUGCGCGAGUGGAAUUGAUAAGAGAACGACAUCCGGAAACCUUUUCACAAUAUGAUAAUGGAACAUGGGAAAAUCAACGCUUUCAAAAAGAUCUGUUGACUCUGAAAGCUGUACUGCCGACGCCAAAUUGUAAACAUCGAAUUGCUCAGCUAGUCGAUAGUUGCACAAAAAUGAGACAAACCGAAAGGGCAACGAUUGAUUCUAUUUAUCCACAAAUUGUGCACCUCAAUUUGGAGUAUCAGAAAUUCCCAUUCUUUCCGUUGAUUUGCGAAAAACAGAAGCAAUUACUCCGGCCAAUCGGUUUCGAUAAUAGACUCACAAAAGCGGUGGAAAGCCCCCAAAGUGACAUUUAUCAGAUUGGAUUAGUUCUUUGGGAAAUUGUUGAGAGAAGAACUGUUUACGAAGACUAUGGAGAAACGGAAAUGAAUCUCGAUCGUUUCCUCUUUGAUUGUAGGAAAAAUUCGGUGAAACUGAAUUCACCGGAUUCUCUUCAUCCAAUUCGAGAGAUCAUCGAAACAUGCACCAAAAUCGAUUGCAAGGAACGAUCGAGUGCUUUGACACAUCACAAGCUGGAUUACGGUAGAUUUGAAAUGGAUCCGUUGAUUAGAGAAACCCAAGAAAGGCUAAUCAGACCGAUUGGUUUUGAUGGAACGGAAAAUGAAGUGAAUGUGGACAACAGAGAGGGAGUCGACGUGAAUUCCUCUUUUCUUCCCCCCGGCAUUUUCAUUUCUGGAGCCUCCACUUUAAAUGAAUAU